AUCAGAGGCAGCAGCAGCAGCAGCAGCAGCUCUUCCUGCUCAGAUGUGAGUCCGGAGUCGGAACCGCUUCUCCGCCGCCGAGGACCGAGCUUUCCCGCCGUGGAUGUGGCCGCUCCGAGUCCCGCCUGCAGCUCAAGUUGGCCGGAGCCUGGAUGUGAGCGCUUCUCCCCUGGAAGUGCCCCAGCGCGCACGAGGAUCUAUCGGUUCGCUCUCUCGCGCCCCGUCUGCGUCAUGACUUCCAGCUACGCGCAUGUGAUGGACAGGCAAGCCUCGAUAUCCAACCGCCUGGAGAGUCCGAUCACCGCCAACCUGGACAACCUGCAAGCCAAGAAGAACUUCUCGGUGAGCCACCUGCUGGACCUGGAGGAGGCCGGGGAGAUGGUCGGCAGCCAGGCGGACGAGAGCGUCGGGGAGGCGGGCAGGAGUAUGCUGGAGUCCCCGGGACUCACCAGCGGGAGCGAUACCACCCAGCAGGAGAACGAACAGAUGAACACGGAGGAGAAGAAGAAGAGGAAGCAGCGCCGCAACAGAACCACCUUCAACAGCAGCCAGCUGCAGGCCCUGGAGCGAGUCUUCGAGAGGACGCACUACCCCGACGCCUUCGUCCGGGAGGACCUGGCCCGCCGGGUCAACCUCACCGAGGCCCGCGUGCAGGUUUGGUUUCAGAACCGACGAGCCAAGUUCCGCAGGAACGAGCGCGCCAUGCUGGCCAGCAAAAACGCCUCCCUGCUCAAGUCCUACUCCGGCGAUGUGACGGCGGUGGAGCAGCCCAUCGUGCCGCGCCCGGCGCCGCGGCCCAACGACUACCUGUCCUGGGGCAGCGCCGCCCCCUACAGCGCCAUGGCCACCUACCCGCCCACCUGCUCCAACACCAACACUUCCCCAGGCAUGAACAUGGCCAACAGCAUCGCCAACCUGCGGCUCAAAGCCAAGGAGUACAGCUUGAACCAGGUACCCACGGUCAACUAGGAGCGGGAUGGCGCCGCUGACCCGGGAUGAUGGGGAUUAUUCCCACCCUGGACAAAAGACUGGACCUUGAAUCCGCCGCCGCCUCGGGACGUUUCUUGAUCUUGCUCGUCUGGUUUGUGGGGCGAGAGACUCGCGUGGACUCUGGACGACGCCGCGGGGCCAAUGCGCUUCCUCUGCCUUCUCUAACCUUGUUUCCUAACCUUGUUAUACCACUGCCGACCUUUCCUCCACCAUGUACCGCACCCACCAUGUAUCUGACCCCGACACCAGCCCAGCCUCUUAUAGCCUCCAUGUGUAACAGAAUUCUAGUCUUGUAUAUGAAUAAAAAUGGCAUUCUCAAUCCUGGCCUGCAACACUGUGAUGACUCCGCGCCGGCGAGCGUCACUGCAGUGAGCCUGGUGCGACAGCAGGGGGCAGCUGCGCCACUCCUUGUUUCAGAUAUUGCAUCGCAUGACCUGCCUCCAUACGUAGUUAGGGCCUCCGUCCAGAGCGGCGCGGGUGGAGCAAGAGCAGCGUUGGGACUGGAUUGCUUGCACCGCGGGGGGCGCGGGCUUUGAUCUCUUGACUCCUCCCACUUGCUCCCCUAGAGUCCGGGGGUCACCUGGCCCAGGUCCCUCUGAGCGCGGCCAGUCAGGUGUCGACGGCGUCCAGUCCCGGCCUCAUUCGCUCCAGAAAUAAAAGCUCUGUUUACGGCGGCGGGGUUGGGACGCAGCAGGGCCUCGGCCCCGGCGUCGGCCCAUAAAGAAAGAUUUACUGGCCGAGAACAGAUCCCCCUUCAGAGCCACUGGAGCCGCGGCGGCUCUGCGUGUUUUCUUUCAGCUGAUUACAGAGACCCCAAACUUCCAUCCUGAGAGGAUAUUUAUGAGCAGGGAAGUUCUCCUCUUAACAUGGCGGCUCCCCGGGGCCCCAGCGUUUCUUCUCUCCCGCCCCGGAGCACGUGUCCACAUUCCUCCUCCUUCACGCCCCGAGCUGGGAUUUGAAGUUCUCACGCUGCUGCGGCUGGAGGCAGGUGCGGCCGCUCGCAGCCCCAACCAGCACUCGGGCUGGACCUUCCUCAAAUGUUCACUGCAGGAAAAUGAAAGAGAGACCAUUCGGAAUCAAGUGACCUUCAAAAGUAAAGCUCUUAUUUGAGCUGUACGACUGAAUUCAUGUUUACAUUCGCCUCAAAUAUC